AUGUCGGUAGCGGGCUUCAAGAAGCAGUUUUAUAAAGCCAGCCAGCUGGUAAGUGAGAAAGUCGGAGGUGCAGAAGGAACCAAACUAGAUGAUGACUUCAGAGACUUGGAACGGAAAGUAGAUGUGACCAGUAAAGCAGUAGUGGAGGUAAUCUCCAAAACAUCAGAGUACCUUCAGCCCAACCCAGCAUCACGGGCCAAACUGUCCAUGUUGAACACCAUGUCGAAGAUCCGCGGCCAGGUGAAGAACCCGGGCUACCCCCAGGCCGAGGGGCUGCUCGGGGAAUGUAUGGGCAAGUAUGGACGGGAUCUCGGAGAGGACACUAACUUUGGCGGAGCACUAGUAGAUGUUGGAGAGUCCAUGAAGAGAAUGGCAGAAGUUAAAGACUCCCUAGAUAUCGAUGUCAAACAGAACUUCAUUGACCCGUUGCAAGGGCUCUGUGACAAAGACCUCAGAGAGAUACAGCAUCACCUGAAGAAGCUGGAAGGACGCCGCUUGGACUACGAUUACAAGAAAAAACGUCAGGGCAAGAUUCCAGACGAGGAGUUGCGGCAAGCCUUAGAGAAGUUUCACGAGUCAAAGGAAGUGGCUGAGACGAGCAUGUACAACCUGCUGGAGACUGACAUAGAGCAGGUGAGCCAGCUCUCCUCCCUGGUGGAGUCCCAGCUGCAGUACCACAGGCAGGCGGUGCAGGUGCUGGAGGAGCUUUCUGACAAACUCAGAGACAGGAUGAGUGAUGCUCAGUCUCGCCCAAGACGGGAAUACACACCUAAACCCAAACCUAUCUAUGAUUUCGGAGAAGACAACCAUUCAAAUGGCGGAUUCUCCACUUCAAUGGACCCCCCACCUUCCCGCAAUUCAGCCCCCGAGCAGCCGAGCUGUAAGGCGCUGUACGACUUUGAUCCAGAGAACGAGGGAGAGCUGGGCUUCCGAGAGGGCGAUAUCAUCACCCUGACCAAUCAGAUCGACGAGAACUGGUACGAGGGCAUGCUGAACAACCAGUCGGGAUUCUUCCCUCUCAACUACGUCGACGUCCUCGUCCCGUUGCCACACUAAUCUAAAGCGAGAUAAGGAGGAGACUUGAUGAAGAGGCGGAGGGCAGAGCAAGUCGAGAGGAAGGAAAGCGAAUCCAAGGGACGGUCCGCAGAAUAUUCAUUUUCACCUUCAGCUCCAACGUCGCCAUCACAGACGAGCACUUUUUUUGUCAUCUGGAGUCCUGGAGAGUCACAAUUCAAAGCCCAGACCAGGAUUAAAACCUGUUCCACACAAAGGUAAACGGUUCUGAGAUGGACACAAAAUGUCAUCAUGCAUUUCCUGGCAGUCAGAAACAUUUCCUGAGGACUAACUGAUGAUGCAUUUCUAAGAAUUAUUUGUCUUUUUACCACAAAUUAGUGAUAUCAUAAAGAUGACUGUAUAAAAUCAGGUGAUAAUGACGAGGUGAUGCAUUCACAGCAUCCUUUUUUUACGUGCCUGCAGUCUGUUUCAAAACUCAGGUUAGUAACCAACCUAACAGGCCGUUUUCAGACUGCCUCACAGUGCAUACCAGUUGUUUUUUGACUGAAUGUUCUCCUCAUUUCAAUAGUGAAACAUGUAUUUGUGUCCCUUCUGGCCUAGAGUUCAUGUCUUGAUGCCACCUGCUGGUGAGAUGAAGUAUUACUUUUACCUAAACUAAAAUGGAACCACACACAGCUAGAUCUUGUGUUUAUCUAGCAGACACAUUUCAUUUGUUUAUGAGAAACAAGAAGAAAUUGGUCUCAGAUUUGUGAUUUGACAACUAUCAGGAUUGGGCCUAUUUGUUAAGCCCUUUUUAAAAGAUCAAAGUCAAAGCUAUUUCCUGAUAAUAGCUUCAGAGGACAAGAGGCCUGAAAGAGUGGUGUCCUUAUUUUAUUUCAGUAUUUUGUUUCUGUAGUAUCAACUUACUACAAUAGUUUUAAAAGUAGACCUGCUUACUGAAUAUGUGAGAACAUGUUGUAAUUGCACCUUGGUCCUAAAAUGAGAUUGAUAUGUGUGUGACAGACUUACUCCAGCAUUACACACCGACCCAAAGUUUAAAUGCAGACGUUGCACCUUUUUGUCACUCGAGGCAGGCGUGUGUUCGUCGUCUAGAGACGCAGAAUGAUUAUUUGUUUCGUGGUUGUCUGCUAGUCUGUUCGAUAGGGACCGAGCCAAAAAGUCUUUAUAAAAUGCAAUAGAAACAUAUCGCGCCCGUUUGCUAAAAAGUAUUCUGUAACAUAGCCAUAUAUUCUUUUAGUUUUGGACCUGUUUGCAUGUUCAGUCUUUUUUCUUAUAUUGGUCUGUUGAUCCGUUUUACGCGCCUGAAUAUCGAUGACACUGCUGGUCAGUCUCUCAUAUUCAUCACUUAGUGUCCCACUAUUUCCUGUCUUUGUCUUUGAUAAUGUGAAACUCAUCUGUGCUUCGUUACUUACUCUGACCCUGUGAUCCUGGUGAUGGACAAUGGCUCAAAUGAGAUGUAUUGGUCAGUACGUUGGGCUGAUGUACAGAAGACGUUUCUGUUUAGUUCAUCCAUGUAGACAAGGCUGGUUUCUUGUUAUGGAUUUAACCACACCUGCAGAAUCUAAUCCCACACAUUAUGAGGGAACGACCUGGAGUGAAAGGGAAAACAUCAAGGGAACAAUUAUUGUCAAUUUUGACUACAUUUGGAGAACUUUUGUUACUAAACAUGAAUCAAAACGCGUAUCGUUGGUCAAGCUGAUAAUGAAAAAAAAAGGUUUCAAUUGUGAAUGACAAAUGAAGUUCUCCUCACUGCUUGUGUCCCUUCUUCUAAUCUGUUUGUCCAUCCCUCCCCGCUGCCAAACACUUCCCCCACUCCUCGGUUUGGUCCUUGUCUAAUAUGUUUACAUCUCUGUUUUUACUACAUUUCAAUGCUUGUAUCAAGUUCAGGGUAAAGGACUGUACGAGGUGCUGUCUGGGUCUCACUGUUAUCACAAAGUCCUUGAUAGCUUUGUUUUAGUGCCUUUUGGAAAAGAAAGGAGGGGAAAGUACCACAACUAAUCCAGCAACCAAAACCUAACCUAGCUCCUAAAGAACAAGGUCAAGAUUUCUUUUUCUACUUUUUAUUUCUAGCCGUUGGCACUUUCCUGUGUAAAGAUGAAAUGCAUGUGUGCUCAUGUCUGCACAUUUGUAACACUACAGGCAGUUUCCUGGACACGUGUUGUUUGGACUAAUGUGAGGUUUAUCAGCAGACCACCAGCGGAAACUGCUUUUUUUUUGUAGAUUUGAAUCCAUGUUUGGAUAAAAUGUCCCUCUGAUUAUUUUUUUUACGGGCUAUGCAUUUGUUUAAUCAGUCUUAAAUGCUCUUUUGAACAGCGUUAAAUCAUUCUUGCUCUCUAUAGUAUUAUUUUUUAUAUACAAAACCUUAAAAACAUUUAAAUUAAUCUUUGCAUGUAGUCCUGUAUUACACCUUGUAAAUGUAUGUCUUUAGAUUUAAGUUGCCUUUUCCCUGUCGGUAUGAGUACAAAAUGUAACAGCAAUAUUGUGUCUUUUAUUAUCAAAGUAUUUGUACGUGCUUCUUUCUUGUCCUGCCCCAACCCUUCUUACAAUAAAUAAAAAAGACAAAUGUA